AUGGCAGGCUGGUUCUCUUCUUCAUCCCCGCUCGAUGAGCAGAUCGAGCGGGCAACCGCUUCCUCACUGGAAGAUAUUGCCCUGAAUCUAGAAAUUACCGAUAUGGUCCGUUCAAAAGGUGUCCAGCCCAAAGAUGCGAUGAGGUCCUUAAAGCGUCGACUUGAGAAUCGAAACCCGAACAUCCAGUUGGCAACAUUGAAGUUGACUGAUACAUGCGUCAAAAACGGAGGAACUCAUUUUCUGGCUGAGAUAGCUUCCCGUGAAUUCAUGGACAACUUGGUAUCGCUACUCAAGGCUGAGGGGGCCCCUUUGAAUCCCGAUGUUCAACGCAAAGUUCUGGAGUUGAUCCAGAAUUGGGCCAUGGCAGCCCAGGGUCGCAUGGAUUUGGUUUACCUUGGGGAGACAUAUCGCAAGCUACAAAACGAGGGGUUCCAAUUUCCCCCGAAGACAGAAAUGAGUGGUAGCAUGUUGGAAAGUAAUGCUCCACCGGAGUGGAUAGACUCGGAGGUCUGUAUGCGGUGUAGAACCGCCUUCAGCUUUAUGAAUCGCAAACACCAUUGUCGGAACUGCGGAAACGUUUUCGAUGCACAAUGCUCCAGCAAAACCCUCCCACUACCACACCUCGGAAUCAUGCAGCCUGUUCGCGUCGAUGAUGGUUGCUACGCUAAAUUGACAUCGAAGCCGUUCCCACCAUCGGGCCUUUCAGACCGAUCUGCAUUCAAGAACAAUUCCAUAACCAAGUCUAGUUCUAUGGAACCUCGCGGUGCCAAGGCAGAUACGAGCUUUGAUGAUGAUCUUCGUCGUGCACUUGAAAUGAGCCUUGAGGAAGCAGAAGGUCGUGGGCCGUCGGGAUUUGUGCCCCAAACAAGCAAUGUCCCAGAACCGGCAAAGCCCACGCCCAGGCCUACCAACGUGGAGGAGGAAGAUGCCGAUUUGAAGGCCGCGAUUGAAGCAUCUAUGCGUGACAUGGAGCAGCAUAAACAAAAACAUGCGGCCGCGUUGAAAAACAAUGUGCCAUCAAACGAUUCGUUCCGCGAUUCUGCAAGCACACCAACUCCAUUGCCAAAGAACCCGUACGAGCUCAGUCCGGUUGAGGCUGAGAAUAUCCAUCUAUUUUCUACCUUGGUCGAUCGAUUGCAACAUCAACCACCGGGAACCAUCCUUCGUGAGCCUCAGAUUCAAGAGCUCUAUGAAAGCAUAGGCGCACUGCGACCCAAAUUGGCUCGCAGUUACGGAGAGACGAUGAGCAAGCACGACACACUACUUGAUCUGCAUGCGAAGCUAUCGACGGUUGUUCGAUAUUACGAUCGGAUGCUGGAAGAAAGGUUGACCAGUGCUUAUCCUCAAACAAAUUACGGGUAUGGUGUGCCCCCGGGCAUGCCUCAGUACCCUAACAUGUCCGCAUUGCCUACCUAUUCGCCAGAUGCAAAGUCGGGGGCGGAGAAUUUUUACUACGGGAAUCCUGCUGAGCCGUCUCACCCGCCGACCGCUAGUUACGCGCCACCGCAGAUGAAUAGCGGUACGUAUGAUGCACCUCCCAGUGGUCUCACAAGCCCCGUGUACCCACAACAGGGUCAACGUGGAUCUCUUGCGAACGAGUCACAUCCUGCUGCUUGGAGUCAUAAUGCAUAUCCCUCCUUGGGAUCGCCACCACCCUCCAGUGGCAUUAUGCCUCAUGCUGCUCCUGGACCAUCACAAUACUAUGCAGCAACACCCGAUCAAGAUCCACAUACAUCACAGUUCCCCGAGGCACCUUACCAACCAUCUCCCAUAAUGCGACGAGACUCGCAAUACCAGUCGGGGCCAUCGGGGGCACCCACGCCUAAUGCGCCAGAGCCGCAGUCACCCGAGCAUGCACAAACACCUCUAUAUUCUACUAUGGCACCUGCGCUGCAUCAGCAGCAUACAGGCCCUCCACCCCAACCAUACUAUUACCAGCCGCAGCAGCCUGGUACGGUGCCUUCUGGAUACCCGCCGAUGGGUACUGGCCAACUGGGAGCGUACCCGGACGCCGGACAACAAGCCCCCGCAUCCCACCAACCCGCCCCAGUGGAAGAGAGCUUGAUUGAGCUGUAG